AUGUUUGGAGAAUUUAUAAACUUAAUAGAUGUUUAUGUUGCAACAAAUAAUUUAGUCAACUAUGAUUUGCCAAUGAAUUUUAUAAUAGACAACUUAAAGACUACCACUGAGCUCCAUGUGAUAAUGAUGACAGCAGCUCCUAAAUAUGUACCAAUAGUAUAAAAAUUUAAGGACUAAUUUAGCAGACAAUUAAACGAAAGUGAAUCGAUAUGCAAAAUUUAAACUGUGGGAGUUUAUCAAUAUUCCAACAAAUAAUUGCUUGAGGAUCUAUCCUUGAUGGGGAAUAUGACAGGAAGUUUUAUUCAAUGGGAAUAUCAAGAUCAAGAAAUGCUUCAAUAUUUCUCUCAAAGUUUUUUUGAUCAACUAGAUUUAACCAUUGCCAACUAACAGGGAGUUUUAUAUAGUAUCAAUGAAGAUAUUCAUUUUGUAGAAAAAUUAAGUGAUGUUAAAAAUGGUAGAGUAUUUUUCGAUAAGAUCUAAUUAGAUGUAAGAAAAAAAGUGGACAUAUAGAAAUACCUAUAGUAAUACUUAAAAGUAAAGUAUUUCUAAGCAGAUAUUAAUAUCAUAAGCAAUACCAGUAGUCAAAGUAGCAUUGAUCUGAAUAGUUAGAGAUAUCCAACUAAUCCUCAGUCAAUAGCUAUCAAAUCUAGAAAGGAGGAAAGAAAGUAGCAAAUUCUAAACUUUGAGCCAGAGCCAUUCAAUUCUGAAAGCUCAUUUCAGGACAAAAAGGAAUUUGGUUCAUCAUAUUCAGAUCAAAUUGCUAAUAAAUGUGUCAAGAAAGCUUAAGAGUUAACGCUAUUUGAAAAAGGAUUCUAAUGUUCUCUUCUAAGCUAGCUCAAGGAACUAGAAACUUUAAAGCAAGAAUAACAGACUUCAUUUGCCAAAGAUAAGCGAGAAGAUGAUUUAUAUAGCAUUUUAGAUAUAGAAAACUCUUAAAGAGAUCUAAUGAAAAUGAAGAAAAUACAUGAAUAAGUUACUAGGCAUACAUAGACACCUGAAUCAGGAGUCAUAGCAUUAUAGAAGAUCUAGAAGAGGCUUUAGACUAGGGGGAAAUUAAGAGAAGAUGAAAUGAGAGUGGCAAAAACAUCUGAUGUUAAGAAGUCUGCUUACUAUCUUAAAUGCAAGUUGAUUGAUCAGAAUUAAAUGACCAUCCAAGUUAGGUCAAUUAAGCCAGCUAAUUUAAAGAUGAAAGAGAUCAUUAAAGAAUUUAGGAAGAUGUGUACAGCAAAGAAUAUCCAACUUUAGGAGACUAAAUCUAAGAUUAACUAUCAAGGAUUGCAAAUUGAGCAGUCUUUGUUAAGCCUCAUUAAAGGAACUAAAGUAGAUAAUGAUGGAAUAGAAGAAUAUGAAAAAGAAGAAAAUGAUAUAAUGAUGAAAAGAGAUAUGUAAAUUGAUCAAAUAGUAGAUAACCUAAUACAAUUAAAGAAUAGAGGAAUCCAUACUUUUAGAUAUAUCACGAAAGCUAAGAAGCAAUUCAAAGUGCUUGAUUCAGCUGUUUAACUGUUUGAUGAGAUUUUCAAAGAUGAAUUAUUAAAGGAGAAGUAAGAAUAAAUGAAGGAAGGCGAUAUAGAUCUAUCAGAUUCAAGAGCGAAACAAAAUUUGCUCAAUGUCAGAACUUACAUUUUUUAUAACAAUUGA